AUGGGACAAUCAAAGAGUCCCCAACAAAUAGAACCGAUAGAAUGUGGUAUUGAUGGAAGUAUUCGUCAUCAUGGAAUUUCAUCUAUAUUUAAAAAUAUGUGUCCAUUAAUUGUCAUAUUUUUACAAUUUAGUAUAACCUCUAUGUUUAUGUGGAUGUUAUGCGAAGGCAUUCAUCUUAAUAGUAUAUUAACUGUUAGUGUAUUCAGACAUCAUUUUAAAACAUAUUAUUUUUAUAUACUCGGAUGGAUUGUUCCAUUUUGUAUAACAUUCAGUUGGAGUGUUGUUAUGUUUGUUAAAGAACGUGGUCGAAAAUGCUGGGCAAACUAUAAUUAUCUUAAAUAUUAUUGGAUUAUUGAUGGACCUCGAUAUGCAGUUAUGAUUAUAAAUUUUAUAUUUUUAUUAAAUAUAAUACGGGUUCUCCUAGUUAAAAUCAAAGAAGGUUCAGAAAACCAAAUACGUGACGAGAAACAUCGUCGUGGUUCUAUGAAUACAAAAUUUGUCAAAAAAGCAGUAAAAGCUGCUAUUUUUCUAUUACCUUUAUUGGGUAUUACACAUAUGCUUGAGACAUUUAUUUCACCAGGUAAAAGUUAUUGA